GAACCAACGGCUGCACCAUGGCCGAGCACCAUGCGCUGCUAGCGCGGCAUCAUGAGGGUCUCCUGCCUCCCCUCGAGCCCCACCUCCCGUCCUAUCGUGACCCCUCAGCUGUUUCUGCGUUCCUUCCCGGAUCGGUGGGACAGGCUGCUCUCCAUCGUGGCAGCGAUGUGCUUUCAACCAGGUUCCCCUACCCUGACCCAGCAGCUCACGAGCCACACCAGCCGUCUGUUGCAUAUGGGCGAUCAGCAGUUUCCAAGACGCUACGAGUUCUCAAGGACCUUAGUGAGCAGCCAGAGGAGGAGGGUCAAGGAACCGCCGACCUCAAGAAGAAGAACCUGAAGGUAUUGCUGGAAUGCCUUGUGGACCAUUCGAGCAUUGGGGAAGCAAUCAUGCAAGGAGAGGAUGGAGAUGGGCUGGCUUUGCUGAAAUCGUUGCUCUCGGAUAGUGAGGCAGAUGUGAGGAGGUAUACUGCAGAAGUGAUCAACAGAUACUCGACACUGCUGCAAGGACGAAAGCAAAUAUGCGUUAGCGGAUGUGUCGAAAUGUUGGCGGAUCUCCUCCAGGACCCCAGCUCUGCAGACGUUCGAAUAGCAAGUGGGAAAGCGCUGAAUCAUCUUGUAACUGCCAUGGAUGCUCGGGACGAGAUCUGCAACCAUCCUGAAGGACCUGCGGUGGUGGUUAAGGUCGUCCGUGCGCUCCUGGCGAUUUCAGCGAGGGAUUCAGAGAUUUCGACACCCUCCUUGAUUCCUAUUCUCUACGAGUGCCUAUCACAUCUCUUGGUAGCUGAAAAGGCCACGGAGCUCGCUUUGCAAGAGGAUCUGGUUCCGCUUCUGAUACACACGCUGAAACGAAGAAUGCACAAAGUAGCAAGUCUCAAAGUUCUUGUUUCUCUAUGCGGCCAUUCACAAGGAAAACGGGCAGCCAUUGACAACGGAGGAUUGCAGGCUAUCUGUGGCAUGCUUACCAGCCAAGAGACUGUUGAGCGUCAGCUCUCCGCACGAGCAACUUUACUGAUGUGCGUCGACGAAAGUGGGAAACACAAAGCAGGGAUUCUAGUUCCAAAUCUUGUACAACAGCUGUAUUCGACAGAUCAUGAUUUGUACAAAAAUGCGCUUCUUGCAAUCAGAUCAAUCUCUGAGUCGCCAAGUACACGUGUUCUAGUUAUGAAGGCACUUGAAGAUGAUCCCGAAAUGCAAGCACGAGUUCACAACGACCACCGUGUCCACCUCGCCGCCUUUCGAUACGAGACGGGCAGUCCUUCAACAGCCUGACUUUACUACGGUCCAAGUGAGAAGCCGUCGAAAUACAGAGUUUUCUAUUAUCUGGCGCUAUAUGUACAUAAGGACGGUUGAAUUUCGCAUAUGCAAGACUACUCGUCUCAUGCUGUGUCAUGUCCUCUUGCAAAAUAUGACAGUCCCCGAUAUUCAUUGUUAUAUUCACGCUGAGCGUGAUGUGCCUCGUCAAUGAAGGAGUCGUCAAGACACCCAAUGAACUGAUAGCGCUCGGGGUCCAGCUGGUAACGACUAUCAAUCUCCGCUCGGAUUUCUCUCGGCAACGGCUCUUCAUAUCCUUCUAGGGUUCCCGGAUGGCUCGGUGUGCUGAAGCUGUGCUCUGGAACGCCGGUGGCAGUGUCCAGGAAAUGUCCUUCACAGAGCAUUUGAACGCGCGCUGGCUGUCGUUGCAUUCGAUUUAACAUUACUGCUCCGCUCGGUCGAGAGGGUAGGACGACAAGAAGUAGGCAUGUGACGGCGAAUGCACAGAGAAGGACAGGAAGCAUAGCGAGUGGAAGGGGCAUGUUGCUGUUCCUCCUCUGCCGCCUCUCCUCC